CCGCGGGGUAGCAAGCGAACUAUAUCCGAGCUGCCGUCAAAGAUGUAUAACUAACCUCUCCUCAUACAACACUUGAUCAAAUAAUUUUCCAAGCAUAAUAUCAUCAAUAUGUCUACAAGAAAAGGUCCAUUCCGACUCGUCACCGUCAACACGGCGCCAGAGCGCGCAAAACGCCUCAUCGGACGCUUAAUCACCGAGCUGCAAGAUGACUAUGAGAUCAUUCACGUGGAUAACUGUUCGAGCAUCGAUGAGGUUGUGCCUAAAGUGACAGAGCACAAGCCCAAUGUAUUGUUCUCAGCUUCUAUGUGGUCCGCUGAGGAGGCGGAGCAAAUUCACUCUUUGGCAAAGUCUAUUGUGCCUGAUAUCAAACUUCAUGCUAUUCCGACGGGAUUGCAGGUUGAGAGGGGACCGGAUGCUAUUGUUGAGUACCUUGUUGAGAAGGUUCCUCCUCUGCUGGAUAGCUAGAUCAGUCAAGCUGGGAAGAUCAGCCAGAUAUCAUGAUCAAAUAUUUUGGACACCAGACAGAUUCUACGAGAUUAUUUACGUGUUGGUUUCCACGUUUUGUAUACUAAAUCUGCAUAUCAGCAUGAACGUGGCUGCCUACCCGUUCCCAAUCUCAUCACCAUGUAGUAAAG